GAGCCGGCGGGGGGGCGGGGCGGGGCGGGGCGCGCGGGAUUAUUAUGGGCUGCGGGCGCCGCCGCCGAGGCGCACAAGAUGGAGCUGUCUGCAGUGGGGGAGCGCGUCUUCGCCGCCGAGUCCAUCAUCAAGCGGCGCAUCCGAAAGGGCCGCAUCGAGUACCUGGUGAAAUGGAAGGGCUGGGCCAUCAAGUACAGCACCUGGGAGCCCGAGGAGAACAUCCUGGACUCCCGCCUCAUCGCCGCCUUCGAGCAGAAGGAGCGCGAGCGGGAGCUGUACGGGCCCAAGAAGAGGGGACCGAAGCCCAAAACUUUUCUGCUGAAGGCUCGGGCCCAAGCGGAGGCCCUCCACAUUGGGGAUGUACACUUUUCUGUCAAGCCUGGUUCUAGCACCUCAUCUCCCAAGCUCCACUCCAGUGCCGCAGUGCACCGGCUCAAGAAAGACAUCCGGCGAUGCCACCGCAUGUCGCGGCGUCCCCUGCCCCGUCCCGACCCCCAGAAUGGUGGGAGCGUGGGUGGCGGGGCCGGCAUCCGUCCCCCCGUCUCGCCCUUCUCGGAGACCGUCCGCAUCAUCAACCGCAAGGUGAAACCCCGUGAGCCCAAGCGCAGCCGCAUCAUCCUCAACCUCAAAGUCAUUGACAAAGGUGGGAAGCCAGCCAACGGGGCCGGGGCCCUGGCUCGACCCAAGAUCCCUUCCCGAAACCGCGUCAUUGGUAAGAGCAAAAAGUUCAGUGAGAGCGUCCUCCGCACUCAGAUCCGCCACAUGAAGUUUGGCGGCUUCUCGCUUUACAAUAAGCCGUCCUCUGCGCCUGCCCCCUCCCUGGAGGGCAAGGGGGAGGCCGAAGGCUCCCAGGCAGCCUCCUGUGGGCUCAUGAUGGGCUCCACCCCGUACGAUGCCCCCAGCUCCAGCUCCUCUGGCUGCCCAUCACCUGCGCCCCACUCCUCCUCCGACCCGGAUGAUUCCCCUCCGAAGCUGCUCCCCGAGACCCUCAGCCCGGCCAUCCCCGACUGGCGUGAGUCGGAGGUCCUCGACCUCUCCAUCCCACCCGAGUCAGCUGCCACCAGCAAGCGUUCUCCCCCCGGAGGCUGCAGCGGGGGGCAGACGCCCUCCUUGUCCCUUUCCUCUUCCGACCCAGAGCUGGAGGCUGGCGACUGGCGUCCCGAGAUGUCCCCUUGCUCUAACGUGGUGGUCACGGAUGUCACCAGCAACCUGCUCACGGUCACCAUCAAGGAAUUCUGCAACGCGGAGGAUUUUGAGAAGGUGGCGGCAGCGGGUGGCGGGGGAGGCGGCAGCAAGUGAGUCUGCCAGGUCCCCCUGCUCCAGGGGGUGUGGGGGCUCUACCUGCUAGAAGUCGUGGUGUGAAUGGCUGUCCUUGGUUCUCUCCUUCUCCCCUGCGCUGUCCCUCCGCCCUCAUGGCCACCCUUCCUCCUCCUUCUCCUCCUCCUCCCCUCCUGCCCAGUCCCUCUGGUGCAGAGGCCAGAGCGUUGCAGUGGGGGGAGUCAGGAGGCAGGGUGGGCUGUGGUGGGGCCGAGGAGUGGUUGUUUGUCCUUGAAUGUGGUGGUGUCCAACUGGCGGCGGAGCCUUUGGGGUGAGCGUGUUUCUGUGUGCCUGCGGGGUGGCGGGGGGCUGCUCCUCCACCCCUUCCCCUUCCAUCUUUGACUGAAGAGGAGCUCCAGACCCUCGAGAGGUGUGUGGAAAGAGGGCUGGAGCCCACACCCCUGAGCCUUCUCCCAAAAGGUGCACGCAGUCUCUUCCAUUCCUGUAUUUUUUCCCCUGCCAUGAUCCGGAUCCUACUGUCCUUGCCUUCCUUGGCCCGAGCCUGGAUCUGCCAUCUCUAUGCUGCAGCGGCAGAUCCAGAUGUCUCAGCGCAAGGAGGAGAGGGGUGUGAGGUGAAGCAUCGUGGCUGCAAGGUGCUCAUGACAAAGCUGAGGUGGCUGGGAGAGCCCCACGCAGCAAACAUCCCAUGGUGGCUUCUCUGUUCCUGCAACUAUCGGUGCUACCUUGGCAGUUGUAUGGUCACUUUCAGGCAGCCUGGUGUCUCCUCUUCCCCUGCAUCUUCCAGCAUGCUCAGCUUUGCAGGUGGAACGGGAGAGAAGGGGAGCCUGCCUCCAGCCAAACCUUCCUCCUGGCGUUCAUCGCUUGCACUUGUUGGGGGAGGGGGCAUCAAAUGUCCCCCUCCCCCAGCCCAUCUGUGGUGGGAGAGGGAGCACCCGUCCUUCAGUCUGGGAGGAGAUGGUGGUCUCCUGCCUCCUCUUCAAGCUCCCCCUGAACCUUUUUGCUCUCUCAGAGGGAAGGAUGGGUGCUAAGAUGGGUGACGUGCUCCUCUUGCUCCUCAUCUCUCUUGCUCCCCUCUCUCUGUCUAGGAUGUCCUGGAAGGAGUGUUCCCCUCUGUUUUUCCAGGACCUGAAAUGGCCCCUUACAACUGCCACCAAAGGUGCUAACAAGAAAUUACUCUCUCACAUCAUAAACACGUGUGCUGGCUCUCUCUGAGAGCACCUCUGGGUUGAUACAGACAUUCCUUCUCCUUGGCCCUUGCAAGUAGGAGCAAGCGAGAUCACAGCUCUUUCCUUGAUGCCCUUGUCAUGCCCAAAAUGAGCUCCCUCCUCUACCUGCCACUUCUGGCUUGCUUGUCUCCGUGCCACCCUAAGCGUCGUGGUAAGAUGCCACUCCUUCCUCUCCCUUCUCCUCUACUUGCAUGUGGCUGGGCUGUAGGGGCGAGGAGAAGGUGCUGAUGGAUCAACCCGUGGGAGAGCCUCCCCUCCCAGCCCUUUCCCCACUGCUGGGGUUGAGGCAGAGGGAUUUUACUUCUACAUCUAUGGUGCAGAGGUGGGAAAGGGUGGAGAGAAUUCCCCGCGCCGGGGCCUGCAGCUGUGCCCUGGGCGGGUGAACAUGAGCGGAGCUGACCCUUUGGUGCUUCUGCAUGAGGGACACGGUGCUGGCAGCUGCCUGUCCCGGGCAGUGCUCCCGCCUGGAGCUGUCAUUCUGUGGUCUGAGGGCAGCAGCGAGGCGGUCUGUGGGAGAGAGCUGGGGCAGCAGAAGGACCGACCGACCACUGACUGUAAUUAGAGCCUCUCUAAUUGCAGUUCCUCGGUCGGCGCAGUGAAAGCCAAGCUGCCUGCCCACAGCCGUGCCUCGCCACGGAUGGGAUUCGCCUUGGGCUCGAGGGGGCUCCGGGUGCUGCGAGCUCCACCCUUGGCACACCUCUUCCUUUCUCUUCCCUUGUUUUAAGAGCUCAGCGGGUGCUUAGGGGAUGCGGCUGCAUUCACAGCUGAAGCCAGGGGCAGGGAGAAAGAGACUUCCCCCAUCCAUUCACCCAAGCUAAGGCUUCCUAUAACUUGUUGGACUCGUGUGCGUGUCUGUAUUAAUACCUGCCUGUAUUCUUUGUGUCUUUACUUUUGCAUCUUUCCUGUGCCUGGCACACCCGGGGUCCCUUAUUUGAGCAUAGCCUAUCCACUGCUUCAAGGACGAGCAGUCCGUAGUUCUAGGGAAAAGCUCUUUCUUAGGGAAGCAGCAAAGAGACGCUUCUCUUUUUUUUUCCCCUUCUAAGCAACAACAACGAACCACAACUAUUUGGAGGCUGCAGGAUAAGAGGAGCUUCGUGGGGUGGAUGCAAACCAGCCCGUCACCUUAGGUUGUUCAGUUGCUGUUUGGUGUGUAUGUGGUGAUGUGUUUUGUUCUGUGAUAAUGAGGUUCUGAAACAAACCGAAGCGUUUAAGUGGGAGAUAAAAGGGAACUUUAAUAGGAAACUCUCGAUGUGUUGUGGCCAAGGUGCGUUCGCUUGGCAGACUUCUUUUCCCCGGUGUCUCUUAUAUGGUGUUCUUUGGGGGCGGGGGGCAGGAACUGUGUAGAUGAAGGGGUUUUGCCUUUCUCCAGCGGGACAAGCAAAGGGGACCGUCUGAAGAGCACACGGUGGGUCGUGGUAGGGGUGCUGUCGUGGCGGGGGAACUCGUGCGGUAGCUCCUCUUUGCGGAGGAGGAGAGGAGUGCCAUCCGGCUUGCAGACACAGCUCGGCCGCCCGCGCGACGCGUCGCUCCCCGGGCGCUUCGCCGGGUGGGAAUCGAACCCUGAACCUCCGGAUCUGGGACAAAGAUCCCGUGCCGCUUCCAGGUAGAGGCUGCUAUCUGGAAGCCUCCAAGUGCCCUCGGGUGGGCGCGCCGCUUGGGGCCGGCCAACCGACCUUCGUAUUCAUGUGGGUUACGCUCUUCCUCCUCAGUUUUUCCCCUUGCUCUUUAAGAGAGGUGGGAAGAAAGAUCCAUCCGUGCCCUUUGCAAAGGGCGUGAGGUUGAGGGGAGGAGUUCAUUUGAAAGUAUCCCCUUCCCUUCCCCGUACACCCUACAACAAAACAAAAACAAAAACAGGGAGAUAUUCUCUGUGUCUGUGCCAUGUUUGUUCUCUUGUUGUUGUGUUUUUAGAGGAGAUUUUAUGAUGGAGUGGAAAAAGUGAAAUGAUUAGUUUUGCAUAAAAAAAAGAGAAAAGUUUUAAAAAAAAAAUUUCUACAGGGAGAGAGAGCGAGAGAGUUUAAAAAUGAAUAAUAAAUGCGGUGAUUGCACAAACUGUAGCGGUAUUAGGCGGUCCUUAGAGAAAAGAGUAUUUUGUAGUAUCGAAGCAUGUGUGUCUGGGGUGGUGUUUGGUUGCUUGAGCCGGAGGGAAAGGCGUUCUGGGACUGGCAGCAGUGUCCGAGCGGAGAAGGCGAGUGGCGUGUUGGAGGAACCCCGUCUGCAGCCCCCUGCGCCCGUCCCUCCCGCGUCUUGGAGUUCCCCUCCCUCCCAUUCCUCUCCUGUGAGCUAAGGUGGAGCCUCCAAAUGGUUUUUCCGGCCGAGCGGCCCUCAGCAGCGGCUGCCCCUGGCCCGCCACGUGGAAACAGUUGACUUUCUUUGCAUGCACAGCAAGCUGCUAAGAUUCGGGGUCAGCAUGUACCUUUCCUGCCAGAUUGCCGCCUCUUCUCCCUUCCCCCUGUCUGAGCAGGAUGUAGUGCGGUGGGCUCAUCUCCUGGGAAUUGGAUGCACCUCUCCCCACCGUGCACUUCUCCCAGUGCCGGGUAGGGAACGGCAGUUUUCUUGCAGGAUUCACCAUGUCAGGACAGAGAACCCGGCCCCGUCUGCGUGUCCCAUCCCUGACUGCCACCAGGUCCUUGGGGCGGGUGAAGGAGCUGCCUCGUGCGCUCAGGCUUUGCUGAAGCUGAGAUGCGCACCCUCUUCUCCGGGUUCUUUUUGGGGGGGAGGAGGGCUCCAACGGGGUUUUGCUUGAGCGGGACCAUGUUCUUCCACUCCGGCUUAUUGGAGUUGUCCUAAUGUUGUCCUAACAUUUCAAAGCAAGGAGGUGCAGCGUUGUGCACUGGCUUCCCCAUCUGAGAUGGUCGUGUGUUCAUCUGGUGUGGGAAGAGGGAAGCCACCAGCUCUUGGCAUCCAGACAGGGGACACUAGGAUGGAUUUUCUCACCUGGACUUCUCCGGUGCUCUUGGCCUCCCGCAGCCUGGGCUGCUCCUGGGGAUUUCCUCUUCUCUCUGAGCUCUGUCAGUGCUUCCCGCAGCCUUCGGCUUGGACCCGCUGCCUCCCGGCUCAUGCUCUUCUUGCUGAGCAGAGCGGGACCAGGGAGGCGUGCAGACAGAGGUGCCAGCUCCUUUUGGGGUGGAAAACGAGCAGACUGUGGUGAGCCACUAUUACGUUUUGUUUUCAGCAGAGAGAGGGAGCGUUUCUCCACGUUCUCCCCUUUCUGAAGUUCCCAGGGAGAUUUAUGAAAUAAUAAUUUAAAGACAAAACAAAGCACCGCCAAUCCUGCUCUUCACCAGGUGGGAGCUGUCUCUGAGCUGAGUCUUCCUAGGGAUUCCACUCCCUUUCCCAGCCCCUCUCCACGGAGGGGGCUCUGGCAGCUCCCGGCGCUCGGAGGUGGCCGCAUCCCAGUCCCUCCUGGCGGGGACAGGAAUGUCUUCCCUGGGCUCUGCCCUGCUGAGGGACACUGCCCCAGGUCCCCGCGCUCCUGCCUGCCAAGGGGCAGCGUGGGAGCAGAUCCUUCCCCCAGGGAGGUGUAACAAACCUGGAGCGCGUGUCUGGCUACGUGCUGAUUUUCCCCUUCCCCACCUUCUGACAAGACCUUUCCCUCCUUGCCUGGCGCGUCCUUUUACUCCAGUGUCGCUUGCUUUUUGCUGCAUCUUUCAAUAGCCCAAUAAUCGUGCAAGAGCUGGGAUCUUAUUUACUUUUUUUAUAUAGAAAUCUAUACAAGAAAUGCCCCCUUCCCUCUCCCCCCCCCUUCUCCCCACCACCCUCCUCUGCGCCGUGCUGCUGAGGGCUGGGUUUGGGGCUGGGCAUUAGGGGCUGUGCUGGGGGACAGGGGAGGGCUGAGCAUGGCUUUGGAAAUGCCCUUCUCCGUGCUUCCUGCCCCAGGUGGCUCCAGCAAGUAUCUCAAUGCUGUGGGUUUGAGCAAAUAAGUGGCUUCAUUUUUAUUAAUAAUUUUUUUUUGUAAGGUCCUCCCCAUAACGCAUCGUAUCUUUUUAAGGGGGACAGAUGAGAGGAGACGGGCUGUCUCCAUCCUUGCCUGUUCCCCCUUUUCUCAUCAAUCCAUCCAUCCAUCCAUCCAUGCAUCCAUCCAUCCUCUGCUUUCCUUCCCGUGUGGGGUUUGGUCCCCAUCCGUGCAGGGCUUGGGCUUCUUUCUCCUUUCGUACAGCUUCCUCCUCCCAGCAGUGAGAGGUUCUGCCCCCAGCGCUGCGGAGGGGCACGCGGGCUCAGGCCGCGCUCUCAAGCAGAACCCCAAUUUCAGGAUUGUUUUUCAUUCAUUUUCUUUCUGGAUAGAUAGUCACCCAGUGGUGACGAAGGACAGAGCCCUGCCUCAUCCAUUUCUCCCUCUCACCCUCCCCAGUGCCAAGCAUAGGCUGAAACCCCACAGAUGCUGAGCUGUGGCAGCACCAGAGCCCUUCUCCUCCUCAUAGAGAAGGUCAGAGUUGCUCCCAGAGCGCUGGGGGCUCUGGUGCAGCCCAUCCGCCUCCUUAUCUCCCCUCACUCAGCAUACAGAGUGAAGGCGGUCAUUUUUUUUUUGUUGUUGUUGUCGUUAAUUUAAAACAAACCUAAAUAUGUAUCUUUUUUUUUUAAUUAUUAUUUUGGAGGAAUAAUAAUAAAAAAAAAGCAUAUAAGAAUUGCGCACGGAUGAAUUGUGUAUCUAUAUAUAUCUUUUUUUUUUUUUUUUUUUUGUCUUGCGGUUUUCAUUUUCGAUAGAGCGUUUGCCUUUGUUGUUUUCUGUUCCAUCCAGUUCCCAGCUGGCUAAACUCUGAGCGGAGGGGGGGGUGCAGAGGGGGGGGGCGAUGGGAUCGCCCCUUCCCCGCUGCCCCCGCGCGGAAGCGGUUGGCUCCAGGUUUUGGGGUGGGGGGGUUGUGCUGAUGACUCUCGUAUUCUUGUACAUUUUGUUCUUUCUGCUGCUCUUGAAUAUUGUAUCGAUGCCAGAAAUGGGGAGUUAAAAAAAAAAAAAAAAAGAAAAAAUUAAAAAAAAAAUUU